UAUGUCCUUUUUCCCUUUGUCCCACCUAUCUCUCACAUUUUAUCCACCCCCACCCCUAUUAAUAUCCCCAACUUCUUACAAAUAAAAACCCACUAAAUUAAUUCUCCAACAUACAUAAUACUCACAUGACACUAAAAGCCACAAUGUCAAAGAAAAUGAAAAUCCUCCCUUCCAUUUUCAAGAGCAACCAACCAUGGCAAUGGCCCUCCCCAUGCCACCACCCCAAAACCCUCUCCUUCCGCCUCCCCGAUGACGCCUCCGCGCCCUCGGCUGCCAGGCUGUCGGAGCGGCUGUUCUUCGAGCCAGAGGAGACGAGCUCCAUCGUGAGACGACGACAGGCUUCGUCCCCGUUCAAGGGCAGCGUGGCGAUGGCGCUCGAGUCGGACGACCCGUACGUCGAUUUUAAGAGGUCGAUGGAGGAGAUGGUGGAGAGCCGGGGAUUGUUCGAUGAUUGGGAUUGUUUGGAGGAGCUGCUGUCGUGGUAUUUGAGGAUGAAUCGGAAGAUGAAUCAUGGGUUCAUUGUUGGUGCGUUUGUGGAUUUGUUAGUGGCUUUUGCAGCAAAGACGAAGACACAGACGUGUGAUGCAGUACUGUCAGGUGAGACAAGUACUGUGUACUCGUCUGCGUCUUCGUCUUUCUCUUCUCUCUCUCCUCAUGACCACCAGUUGUAGUGGUAGUGAGGAGAGAAGGAUCUUGUUUUAUUUGCAUGGUUUCAUGUGUGGUCGAUUGAUCGAUGCCUUUUUUGUAUAGUGUAUUUUGAAUGUAUUAUGAAAUCUUAUCUCUUUUUCUUUC